AUGUACUCGAACGUGUCGCUUGCAUUGGCUGAGAUUCUCAGUGUGAAGGAGGUUUCUGGGAGAAAGCUGUACUAUGUUCACUACAUCGACUUCAAUAAGCGCCUAGACGAGUGGGUUACAACAGACAGGCUGGACAUGAAGAAGCUUCAGUUUCCUAAGAAAGAAGCUAAAACUCCAACGAAGAAUGGUCUGUCGGGCUCGCGCCCCAGCUCACCAGAGAAAGAGGUGGUGAGUGAGAGAAGAGAAACAGAUACUGACCCAGCUUUACAGAAGAAACAGAGGAAGAGUCUAGAUCUCAACCUACCAUCUGCCACCCCUCCGUCCAGAGGCAAAACCCUCCCCACACCGAAGAGGAAAGUAGAGACCGUUCCCUUGGUGACACAGGUGCCCCCGGCAACCCCGGUCCCCUCUCUACCAAGCUCAGCUGAAGCUUCUCAGGCCGCUGUUUUUCCUGCUGUCAGAGAGACCACCACCUUCAAGUCCAGAGAGGAUCAUGAACAGCUCUCCUCACUCACAACAAAUGGCACUGCUCGGCGCCUCAUCCCUGCUCCGCCUGGAAGAAAGAGAAAAGCUAACUGUGGGGGACCUGACGAGAUGAUAAAGGUUUUGCAGUAUAACAAGCCUCAAAGCGCAACUGUCUUUCUACCACCACCAGAGGAUUCUCAGGACAGUUCAGAUGGCAUCCCAAGUGCUCCACGGAUGACUGGCAGUCUGGUGUCAGAUCGGAGCCACGAUGACAUCGUCACCCGGAUGAAAAAUAUUGAGUGUAUAGAGCUCGGCCGGCACAGACUGAAGCCCUGGUACUUCUCUCCAUAUCCACAAGAACUCACCACAUUGCCCAUCCUUUACCUCUGUGAAUUCUGUCUGAAAUACCUCAAAAGCCUCAAGUGUCUUCAGAGACAUUUGACUAAAUGUAAUUUAAGACACCCUCCAGGCAACGAGAUCUACCGCAAAGGCACCAUCUCUUUCUUUGAGAUUGACGGCAGGAAAAACAAAAAUUACUCCCAGAACCUAUGUUUACUUGCAAAGUGUUUCCUGGACCACAAAACGUUGUACUACGACACAGACCCUUUCCUCUUUUAUGUAAUGACGGAGUACGAUUCCAAGGGCUUCCAUAUAGUCGGUUACUUCUCUAAGGAGAAGGAGUCGACAGAAGAUUAUAAUGUUGCUUGCAUCCUGACGUUACCCCCCUACCAGCGCCGAGGUUACGGGAAGCUGCUCAUUGAGUUCAGUUACGAGUUGUCCAAGGUGGAGGGGAAGACGGGAACUCCAGAAAAGCCGCUGUCUGAUCUUGGCCUCUUGUCUUAUCGUUCCUACUGGUCCCAAACAAUCCUAGAAAUUCUCAUGGACCUUAAACCUGAAAAUGGAGAAAGACCGCAGAUCACCAUAAACGAGAUCAGUGAAAUCACAAGUGUAAAGAAGGAAGACGUCAUUUCAACGCUCCAGUACCUUAACCUAAUCAACUAUUAUAAGGGUCAGUACAUCCUGACGCUCUCUGAGGACAUUGUGGACGGGCAUGAGAAAGCCAUGCAGAAGAGGCACCUGCGCAUAGAUCCUAAAUGUCUUCACUUCACUCCAAAGGACUGGAGCAAACGGGGAAAGUGGUAAAAGUUCUGCUGCCCCUUUACUGCAUCCUCAAACCUGGACAGCAGUAAUGGAGCAAGUGUUGCAUCUGAUCGAGUUUUUUAAUCUUCGACUUCUCUUCAGAUAAACAGUGAACAUGGACUUACUGGAGACGCAUAAGCUUCGGUUCACAGCACUCAUUGUUUAUUGUUUAAUAGAGCUGCAGAUUUUUGGAAAUGGUUUACAGCGUUGUAAUGAAAGUCAGCAUUCCCGCCACUGUGGAAACAUUGCUGUUAAUAACCACAAUAGUGCAUUUAAAAGUUGUUUAAUAGUGUAAAAUGAAAUACCAACACUGCAAACGUUGAAGCCGUCCAAUGGUGGCAUUUAUAGGUUUUAGAUAAAAAGUUAAAUAUUUAUUCUGUUGGCAGAAUUCCACAUUUUGUAAAAACUAGAAAUGAUCCUUAUUUGAUCUUUUAGUCUGCAUCUUUUCUGUAUUUCAAACGGAAAUGUUGCCCUGAAAAGGCUUCAAAAAUUAUUUAACUUUGUUCAGAAAAACAUCCUUAUGGUUUUUCAAAUGUAUUCUUAAUUUAUAUGGUGUAGUUUGUGAACAAAUUUCAACCCAUUUUUCUCUCAUUAAACAAUGGCAUAGCAGUGCUCCACUUAAAGUAUUAUUUUACUGUUUUAAUUUAAGUUACAUUAUUUCCUUUUACAGAGCAGCCAGGCUGCAGGAUGUUUUUUAAUUGAUGCUGGUGGGUAAAUAAGUGGAAUAAUUGAGGGAAAGAAACCAUAACAAUGAGGCUUCUAUGAUGUCAUGAUCUGUCGCUGAAAUGUAUAUUGUUGGCAUUUAAACAGAGCAAUUAAUUUAAUUUAUAGAGUAAGAUGUUUGCUGGUUAUAAUUCUCAAUCAAAUUAAUUUCCUUAUGUGGUUCUCUCUGAGGGUGUAAUAGUUUACUUUUUAUAGGCCUUUUUUAGUACCAGCCUAUAAAUAUAGUGCUCCUGGAACAACUACAAUUUGAAAAAUAUAUAUUCUUCCAAUCGUCUUUGUAUAUAAUUAUCACAGACCCAGUUCUGUUUUUUACUACCCUGUUUCUAAAUAGGCAGAAGUAGAAAAUGCUGCUGUGUGCUGAUCAUUAAGCUUUUUUAUUUCAUUUCCACCCUGAGUCACACAUCAUGUUCCUGUAGACUGUAAAUACUGAAGACAGAAGCCAUGCAGAACUGUUACAGGAAUGUAAAUAUAUUGUACAGUUCUUUUAUUUUUUAACUCUUAUCCGACAGGCUGCACAACGUGAAAGAAUUAAAGUGAUAAACUUGGUUUAUGUUUACAUGUUGGGGGGGGGGAACUUGUCCUGUUCAAAUUACUUAGUUUAUCUUUAUGUGUAAAACACUUCAGUGAACAUUUGAUAUGGAAAAGUUGUUCAAUUCAUAAAAAAAACGUGCCAAACCC